CCCAUCUCUAAGAAAUGUAAUGAUGUUUACAAAUUCUUUGAAAAAGAAAACAUCAGCUCGUACCAAACAUUAAUCGACUUCUUCGACCAAAUUGAUAUAAAACUGUAACAAGUUGUCUUCUUCUUCGACUUGGCAAUUUCCACCUUGCAAAGGCGGGCGGCCAAAUAAUCCCACGCUACUCAAGGGUAGAGUGAUAACAAAAAACCCCAAAAAAAAAAUAAAAACAACACAAAUAGUGCUUUAAACCAGAGGAAACGCUGUCAGAAUGGUUUACAUACACUUUCCUACUAAUUUAACUGAGGAGGAGCAGAUGCUUCAAGCAAAAUACCAGAAGCUAAAGAAGAAGAAAAAGGCACUACAGGCCCACAAGGCACCCAAGCCGGAGCCGGAGAGCUCGAUGACGUUAAAACGACCCACGGAUGCGCGCGAUGCACGCGAGGUGGCCCGCAAGCUGAUCAAGAGCGGCGCCAUACCAGCCAUACAAAAACAGCAAACAAAGCAGGAUCAAACCUCGUUCAAGCGGCCAAAGGGUCAGGAACGUGCCAAGCGCUCCACAUCGGAGACCACCGUGGCGUCCUACCAGCCCUUCUCCUCCACUCAGAACGAUGUGGCCCAGGAGACCAUCAUCAGCGAGAUUAUCAAGGAGGAGCCACGGCGCCAGAAUUUGUAUCAGCAUUUUGCCACUGAGCGUGACCGGGAAGAGCGCGCCAUGGCUGAGAAGGCGGUGGCCAUUGAUACGCCACCGCCGGAGAAGCCGCGUGCUGGCAACACCAUAUUUGUGUCGGGCAAUAAGGUAACCGAGGAUUUCUUAAAGAAAACCUUCAACGAUUAUGGCACAAUUGUGAAUGUAUCGAUGGAGAUUGAAAAGAGUCGCGGCUUCGUCUCCUUUGCCAAGCCAGAGUCGGCAGAUCGGGCCAUUGCUGAAAUGCAUGGCAAGAAUGUGAGCGGCAUUGUGCUGCAGGUGCAAUUGGCUCGACGCCAGCCGCAAAUCGAACCCAUUAAUGAUGCCUCCUCAUCGGCAGUAUGGUCGUCUAUUGCUGCCAGCAAAUCGCAAAAGGGAAGCCACAAAGACCAUCGUGAAAUGGUUAAGUACAACGACGAUUUCUUGCUCUAAGUGGCGGUAUAGUCGGGACAAUCCAAUCCAAUCUUAUUCAAUAAUAAACCAAACCAAUAAGCAUAA